AUGGCUUGCGAUCUGCAUUCUCGCACCCUUUAUAGCAAUACACACAGUGACAAAACCAGGAACUGCGUUGUCAGGGAUAAGGAGGCUAAGUGCCGGGACGCCAAAGCUCACCAAGUUGUACUUCAGAGAGGCAUCACGGGCAAGGACCUACCAAUCGUACCGUCCGGCGUCGAAGACUCAGUUCUAAAGGAUUACGUUGGACUCUGCGAUGCUCCGGCACCGCUGAUCGUCCGAAACCUCGGCUGGCGUGAGAACAAUGCCGGGGAACCGGAGAGGAAACUACUUGACAAUACUAGACAGCUCCAAGCAGCAUUCGCACAGACACAUGGAAGUCUUGCUCGAACUCCUUGCGCUCCUUGCGCGUCUAGAAAGGGUUCUUGGAAAACAUGCGUAACGAGGGAAUAUCUUCGCACUGGAGAGAAGAAGCCUACCAAUACGGAUUGCGCAAAAUGCCUCUUCGAUGACAGACAGGACUGCUGUAUUACUCUUACCGAAGCUUCAACUUCUUCUCGCAUACGUCGCAGUUCUGCCCCUAGUCCCAAGACCCUAACUCAUGACUAUGAACUCCCGAAGCAGAACUCCAUGUGUCCUUUCAAGCUAGAGGUAGACUAUGCAAAGGACUGCCACCACAAGACUGAGCUGUCCCGAUGGACUACUGCUCCUGAUGAGAAUGGCGCUGUACUCUCGUUCCCCUUGGGCGUGGAGUGCUGGGAUAACCUACCCCGCUUAAAACAGGCCUGCUCGGAAAUGGAACACCACCUCAAUAUAGCCAAGGUAGAAAGUGCAAUCCGCUAUCUGAAGAAGACAUAA